AUGGAAAUCGACCUCGGUGCCAACGUUGUCAACGAAGCUCGCGACACUGUUCAUGGAGCGACGGCGUCCGCCGGUCUUCCCGACAUUCGUGUUCAAGCGAGUCUAGAUGUCUUGAUAUCCCGAAGCGACGAAUAUGUCUCGACCAGCGACCCUGCCAAAGCGUUAGAGGACCCACGAGUAGCUCACAUAUUUCGAUCUUACAUCGAAAAUCUAGCGGGUUGGUACGAUCUGAAUGAUCGAAGACGUCAUUUUACGGACGUGGUUCCUAUCCUCGCAAGAAAAAAUGCCUUACUUCUCAGUGCAAUACUGGCAUUCGCGGCUGCCAGCCAGGGCUCAUCAUCCGGAUCGACUCCCCUCAAGGAUCUAGCCGAUGCAUAUCAUCUCGAGAGUGUGAGAAGACUGUUGGCACUCAUGAAGCAUCCUGAUGAGUUUCGAACAGGCGAGACCUUGGCUGCGAUAUGUCUUCUUCGAUCGUACGAAAUUAUAUCGCAAAAUGUUACCUGCCAGAAUCACCUUCAAGGGUCCUAUUCGUUGCUGGCGAGCCAUCCGAUCGAGCUAGAGUCUGGGUUGUUGAGUGCCGGUUUCUGGAAUUACCUGCGAGAGGACAUCACGGUCGCACUCAUAGAGAAACGAAGCCUCAUGAUUCAGCUUCCGGAUAAACCUCUACCUACGAGGGCUGAAUGCGAUGAUGAUCUCGCCAAUCGCAUCACUUAUCUCCUAGGAAGAGUCAUCAACCGGUGUCUUCUACGAGAUGCUGUUCCCCUGGGCCAAUCCGAGUGGAACUGUCUGAGAGAUCAGCUCGAGGAUUGGAGGACAUCGCUCUCUUCGUCAUUUGACCCCAUACUGACACCGCAUCUACUCCCCAAUAGCGGCUUUCCGAGUAUGUGGACGACCUCGGGGUGGCACGGUACGCAUCCUUCCCUCUAG